CGUUAAAGCUGUCAAAACAAAGCUCUGUUGCAUUGCAUGUGAUGUGGACUGCAAAUAUUUCAAAACUUGUGUUUUCACUGCUCCCAUUGAAAUGUUAAGCAAUUUGAAAGAGUUUAUUUCAGUAGUACAAGAUGGAUUAACGUCCAACACUAAUUUGCGGCAGACAUUGCAAGAAGUACAGAAAGUGAAGAAUAUUUUUAAGGACAAACAAAAGCUGGUGAACGAAAGUCAGGUGAACUGCGGUGCUGGGUCUGUCUUGUUGGACAAGUAUCAGUCAGAAUGGGUGACGUUACAUGAAAAUGCUGAUAUAAAUGCUAAAGCAGCAGAUGAAGCGGAUAAAUUGAUAUUGGAACUGCAUGAAACAGCGAAAAAAAAGUUGCAAACUGCAAAUGAUUUGGCGCAAAACUUGGCCCAUUUGCCGAUUCUCACGGCUUCCGUGGCACAGUGUAUCGACAGUUUGAAGAACUUGGAGGUGUUAAUGAAGACUGUGGAGCAGGAUCUGGUGGAAUUUGAGGAUAUUGUGGAAAGGAGUAAGAUGGAAAGAUGGAAAUUAGAUCAUCAUUAUCAUCUCACUUUGUACAAGGAGAAAAAAAUGGCUACCCUGGAAGACACACGGAUCAAGCUAGCCAGAGAGAACUCUGUCCACAACCAGGAGCGGGAGAAACAGCAGCUAGCGGAGCUCCAGGCCCGGAGAGACAACAGUGCCUCGGCUUUCCAACAGGAUAUGGCGAGAUAUCUGGCCAGCGGCAGUGUGCCAUCAGUGGCAACUAAGCCGCAGGAGGUGACAUUGGAGCAAGUGCAGUUAGACGACGACCGGACAGCUUUAGACCAGUUCCUCGAGAGCUGAUGUGACAGCGGCAGUCGUAAUAUGGAACGCGGGUGAUAUGAAGAGCUUAUUUGGUAUCGUCUUGGGUCGUCCCAUUCGUUUUUCGUCAAGUUCUUAAAUUAGUCCUAUUC